AGUUGCUAUGGCGACUGGGUUGCCCCUGAAUCCCAGCAGCCCCCUCGGCAGUGAAGCCAGGGCUGCUGUAGCGCCGCCGAAGGAGCCCUCGUUGGUUCCCCACCUCAAGGUUUUCUCAUCUUUUCCAUGAAUUUCACCAUCUGUGAAAUUUUACCUGCAACUGUGGUUUAAUUAAUUAGUGAUAGAGAAGAAGCUUUAACUCAGAGAAAAUGUCAAAUCUGAAAAUGAAAGAGGCAGCUCUUAUCUAUCUUGACAGAAGUGGAGGCCUCCAAAAAUUUAUAGAUGAUUGCAAGUACUACAAUGAUUCAAAACAAAGUUUUGCUGUCUAUCGAUUCAGUAUUUUAAUAAGUCCUUCUGAUGUUGUUGAAUUAGAUGCUGAACUUGGAAAUCAUAUUUUACACCAGCCUUUAAAAGCUGCUCAAGUUUUUCAAUCAGUCUGUUUUAUUGCUGUUAAGACUCUCUCAUUAAUUGGACAAUUACAGACCGAAACUCAAAUUAAUAUAGUACUGAAGUUAACACAUUUACCUCCUCUGCCAAGUUAUAGUCUUGAUCUUUGUGAGUUUCCACUUGAUUAUACAUCUCAAAGAUUUUAUAUGAUGCAAGGAAUUGUGAUUGCAAUGACAACUGUAACCAAGUAUACACAAGGUGCAAGAUUUCUUUGUUCAGAUGAAGCAUGCCCUCUUUCAAAAGGAUUUCAGUAUAUAAGAGUGCAUGUGCCUGGUGCUACAGAAUCUGCAACAAUAAGAAAUGACUUUUUGUGUGAUCUUUGUGCAUCUUCACUUCAGGAAGACAGGAAAUUUAGAGUACUUGGUGAUAAACAGAUAGUUGAAGUAAUUGCCACAAAUGCACUUCAUGCUUUUCAGGGAUAUUCUAACAACCAGCCAUUUAGGUUUCAAUCUCUUACAAUUUUCCUAAGAGAUGAAUCAGUGAAUAAAAUGGAUAUAGGAAAUGAGUAUAAAAUCAUUGGAAUUCCAACCUAUGUGAAAACCUCACAAACUGCUAUCUGUAUAGAAGCAAACAGUAUCACUUUUUGCAAUCCAAAGGUUCCUUCAGGAAUUAGUGACAAUUUCAGAUGUCUCCUCUCUUUGACAUCCAGCUCUUGCUGGAAAUUUACAGCAAUACUUGCCAAUAUCUUUGCAUCACAAAUUGUUCCUCCUGGGACUUACAAUUUGCUCAAGCUCUGUUUGCUGAUGAGUCUAGUACAGACAAGUGACCGUAACAAAGAACUGGAAAAUUGCCUGGAUAUUUUGAUUAUAACAAGUGAUACUCUACUUGUGGAAAGGCUUUUGAAUUUUAGUAUAAACCUUAUUCCCCGUGGCAUACGUCAUCCUGUCUCCUCUGAAAUUUUUCCUACUUUGUCCAGGAAUAAGUAUGGAACUGGAACAGGUAGCAUUCAAGCUGGCAGUGCUUUGCUCGCUAAAGGUGGUAUCUGUUUUAUAGGAGAUUUGACCUCACACAAAAAAGAUAAACUUGAUCAGCUCCAAUCAGUUGUGGAAACCAGAAGUAUCACAGUGUACAUUCCAGGAAAGAAGUUUGGGGAUGAUAUAGAUCAACAAAUGACUUUUCCAGUUCAGUGCAGCUUUUGGUCUUUUGUUGAUAUGGAUUCACCUUCAAGGAGAAAUACACAAAAAGCCAACACUUUAAUAGGUCAGAUGGAUUGUAGUUUGAUUCCAGCUAACCUUGUCGAGGCAUUUGGAUUAUUGAUUAACUGCAAUGAAUCAUCUCCUUGCUACUCAUUUCUUCCAACUGUGCAGCAUACUUUAAAAAAAUCCAUUGAUCCUGAAGGGCUGCUUUACAUAGAUUCUAAACAGUUUACAAGUGAAGAUUUUGAAAAGCUGCUGGCUUUUGCAAAGAAUUUGAAUGUAGAAUUCAGCAUGGAGGCAGAGAGAAUGAUUCAUGGCUAUUAUCUAGCGAGUCGCAGAAUCAGAACAGAUUCUAUAAGUGGAUCAAAACUGACAGCAUCUGCAUUAAAAUAUUUAGUUUCCCUGUCUGAAGCCCAUGCUCGACUGAACUUAAGGAAUAAAGUGCUUAAGGAAGAUGUACUAAUUGCAGCCAUAUUAUUUGAAAUAUCUCUCACAUUGAAAUAUGGGGCCGCCGUGUUUUGUGUUGCACCAAAUGCACUAUUUCCAUUUGAACUGUACAGUGAAGAAUAUUUAGAGCAAAGAGAUAUUUAUCUGACUCAAUGCCAACAACAGCUUCAACAGUUCAUUGCCACAUAUGGACCUGGGACAGCUGUUUUCACUAGUGAUGAAUAGGCAAAUCAAGGAAAAUGUCCUUUUUUCCUAAGGAGAAAAACCUGGUUCUGAAGUAAUGCUUCAGGUAAUGCUGUCUUACAGAAGUACACUAGAAAGCCAUUUUAAAAAUGUUGCAGGGUAAGCAAUGGAAAAAGUUUUCAUGUAGUUCUUUGUCACAAGACAGCAAUAACGCUUUAAAUGAAAAUACCUGCAAUAUUUUUAACUAUUUCUUUGAUUGAAAGCUUAACAAAUAGUAUCAUAAUCUGAAACCCCAAAUUUAAGAACUCAUAUUUUACUAGAUUGAUAUUUAAUCUAUGGUUUGGGAAUCCCUUGUCAGAAAUGGUCUUUUAAAUUUUCCUCUCAUGUAAACUAAAACAGUAAUUCACAUUUUAUCAAAGAACAUUAUAAACUGCCUAGUUACAGAAAGGAACUAAAUUGCAAGCCCAGUUAUCUUUGGAGGAAAAAUCUCUAAAUUUUUUUAAACGAAGGAUGCCAUGUUUCCAGAAAUCUUUUUUAAAGCUCUAAAAAUUCUCACUGAAAGAAAUCAAAGUUGCCACUUUAUUAGCCAAGAUACCAUUAAGGUGGAUAGCUCUCCCACUCUUUAUAGGCUUCAACAGAUCAUAUCAUUACGCUCAUUCAACAAAUUUUAACUAUUCACUGGAACUAAAACUAGCUUUUAAGGAUUUAUUUAUUUAUACAAGCACUGGGUACAGUCAGAAGCGCGGGAGGGUGAGAAUACACUAGAGCCAGAGCGGGGAGCAGAAUAGGCAGACUGACGAAAUACACUGCUGAGGGGAGCAGCAGGUGCUGCAGGAGAGGUCUGCGCGCCAUGUGGGACCCUUGCCAGUGGCCGGGGAUUGAACUGGCACUGCAGAAGCUGAGGGCAGCUUCACAGCCCAGUGCUCAACCACUGAGCCACCGGGGAGGCCCCUAAAACUAGCUUUUAAAAAAUGAACCGAGGCCUCCCUGGUGGUGCAGUGGGUUGAGUGCAGUACUGUGAAGCUGUCUGCAGCCCCAGUUCAAUUCCCACAUGGCAGGGCAGACCUCUCCAGUCUCCACUGCUCCUCCCCUCAGCAGUAUACUUGGGACCAUCUGCCUGUUCUGCUCCCUGCUGUCUCUGGUGAAUCCUCUCACCCCAUCCCUGCACCUCUGGCCUGUACCCAAGAGUCUUGUAGAAAAAUAAAUCUUAAAAAAAAAAAAAAAAAAAAACCUCUAUUGUUAGGAACUUAUUUUCUGGCUUAUGUAAUUAAUACUUUACUAAUGUACAAAACAACCUCCACUUUUGCACUUGGUGGUGUUGAUGAAACAAGGGGACUAUCAAAUGCUGGGUGAAAAGGUUUUCAAAUGUUGUCUCCGGUGGGAGGUGAAUUAGUGAUGUUGCUGUACGUUGCAUACUGUUUUGACUCACAUAUUGAAAUUAUAACGUUAAUAAAAGCAAAGAAACUAUGUACUAGGACUAAACAGGAGAAAAGAUUUAACUAAGUCUUCUUUUAAUUCAAGCCCUGGAUAUCCAGAAUUAUUACUAUGAUGUGUUUUGUCCAAAGAAAAUUUUCAAAAAAUGAUUAAUAUUUAAAUUUUCAACAAAAUAUGUAGGUCACUAGUGAAAUUUAACUACCAAGUUUCAGUUGUUUAGCAUUAAAUUUGGAAUCACUACCCACACAAAUAGAACAAUGACAUUCUAUUUCUAAAGAAAGUUAAAAAUGAGCGAUGGCUAAAUAUGGGAAUGUUGUUUUAAAGAUUUAAUGUAUUUUAAAAGGACUAUUACCCAGCAAUUAAAAGUACUGAAACAUGUAUUUUUCUACAUAAUUUAUUGUGAGAUGAUCAAUGUCAAUAAAACAUUAAUUUUGGUCAUUUGCUUCAUGUCUUCUUGACUGAUUCUUCACUUUCCUUCCAA